AUGGAGGACCGCAGACCCGAAGUCCUCGUCGUCUCCAUUGUCUUCUUCAGCCUCGCUACCAUAUUCGUCGCCCUCCGCUUUGUCUCGCGCAUUUGGAUUGUCCGGAGACUCGCCCUGCACGACUAUUUGAUGCUCGUGGCGUGGCUUAUUGACCUAGGAUUUUCUACUGCGCUGUUCUAUGCCACCAAACAAGGGCUCGGUCUCCACGAUGUCGACAUCCCUGUCGCCUCGAGAUCGGCCCUCAGCAGCGCUAACUAUGCCUUUACCGUUCUAUAUAAUCCCGCCUUGAUGGCCGUCAAGUCCUCCAUCCUCGUCUUCUACCUCACCCUCACUCAAGGCGAGAAGAUUUUCCGCUACGCAAACUACGCCACUUUGUUCGUUGUCAAUGCGGCCGGCCUGGCGCUCACGCUGGUCAACAUCUUCCAAUGCCGACCCGUCGCAGACGCAUUCGCAGCGCAGCUCCCCGCCGAUGCGCAUUGCACCGAUAUCCUGACCUUAUACCUAUCCUCGUCGCCGGUGAAUAUCAUUACCGAUCUAGCGAUCUUGGUCCUUCCGAACCCGAUCCUGACGCGCAUGCGGCUGCCGCGGAAACAGAAGAUUAUCCUCGUGAUCACUUUCAGCUUUGGCUUCUUCGUCGCUGUCGUUGAUGUUGUCCGCAUCGCAUACCUGCAGGAGGCUACCACCGAUCGAGAGAUCGCGUUCCGGCAAAUCCACCUCCAAAAUUAUGGAGGAGAAGACUUUGCUUGGUAUGCGUCGCUUUCGUUCAUGUGGUCCGUUGUGGAGGUCAAUGUCUCGGUUAUGUGUGCCUGCGUUCCCAGUCUGAAACCGCUAGUUGCCAGGCUGGUCCCGAAAAUGAUCCGCGACAGCAUUGGGGGCACUCAAACGAGUCCGUCUGACCCUCUACCGCUGCCGGCAUCAGGACCACAUAUGCCAACCGCAGAUGCUAUCCUCGAGGAGACGGUGAGCCCGGCGAUUCUGCCAGAGAUUGCCACUGUGCCUACUGUAGCUACCACAUUUACCGAUACUGAAGCCAACACGACCACGAUGACGAGCACUUCAGACCCGCGCAGCAUGACGUUUUUCGACUUCGUCAACAUGAAGAAGCCCGCGAAUAUGCUUAAAUUGAGCAACAAGGAAUCAAUAGCCCCGAACGCUAUCACGACCGUCCUGUUCUUCCUCUGGGGCUUUGCUUACGGUUUUCUGGAUAUUCUCAAUGAACAGUUCCAGGAGAUUGUGCGCCUGGACAGCUGGCGGUCGCUCGGUCUUCAUUGCGUAUACUUUGGCGGGUAUCUGAUAGCUCCACCGCUGGUUGGACGUACAGUGCUCAAACACUGGGGCUUCAAGGCGACCUUUAUUACCGGCCUGUGUUUCUACGCCUGCGGGUCGUUGAUCUUCUGGCCAUCCGCCGUGUUGACUUCCUAUUCUGCAUUUCUCGUGUCCAACUUUAUCACUGGAUGCGGACUUGCUAUUCUGGAAACUGCAGCGAAUCCGUUCAUCUCGCUCUGCGGACCGCUAGAGAAUUCGGAAGUACGAUUGAAUAUAUCUCAAGGGGUUCAAGCUGUUGGAAGCGUUCUCUCCCAACUACUCGCCAAACGCGUCUUAUUUCGCAGUGUGACUGAUGUCUCCUCACUAGUCGACGUGCAAUGGACAUACCUCGGAAUCGCAUUGUUUGACGUCCUUCUAGCAAUGGUAUUUUACUACUUACCAAUCCCGGAAGCGUCCGACGAAGACCUGGAAGAACUAGCUAAUCGGCGACGAGACGACAACCGCGCGGCGCCGUUCGGAAUUCCAGUCGUCUGGAUGACCCUCGUCCUAGGCGUCUGGUCCCAAUUCUUCUAUGUAGCCGGGCAGGAAGUCUUCUCCACCAGCUUUGAGGACCUCAUUACCGCCGCUUAUUCUAGUCCCCCGCUCACCGAGUUCGAUUACCUCACAAUCGGCCGGUCCAUCUUUGCCGUCGGCCGCUUCCUCGCAGCGUUCCUACAGUGGUUUCUCAAACCCCGCUGGAUCCUGCUUCUCUCUUACAUCGGCAUGAUCGUCUUCGCCGCAUUGAGCAUGCACACUACAGGCAAUGCAGCAAUUGUGAGCGCCAUGAUGGUUUUCCUCUUCGAAAGCGGCGCCUUCAGCAUCAUCUUCGCUAUUGCCCUCCGCGGUACAGGCCGGCAUACCAAAACAGCCGGCACUUUUCUCACAAUCGCCAUCAGCGGCGGCGCAUUCCUACCUUUUGCGCGAUACGCUGCGCAGCUCGCAACAAACAGUACAGCCGACUCAUACAGCGUCCUCGUUGCGCUAUUUGCGGCUGGCGCUCUGUUUCCGAUAUAUCUUAAUCUUGUCCCGGCCGCUAUGAAGCAAGUCGAUCCUGUGCCGAAUGAACACCUCCGGCAUACCCGCCGUCGCAGCCGCCGACACAGUCGCGGUCCACGACCGAAUGUUCUUCCGCGCGAGAAAGCCAACCCAUCCCAGGGCGGGGUGUAUUCGCGACGGCGAAGCGUCCUCGACGAUCCAGACCCCUUGCCCAGUGUGGACUUUUCCGGUCCGAAUUCUGCGGCAAGGUCGAGAUCGGACUCCGUCGAGGAUGCGGGCGGGGGCGACCUCGCUGCUGAAAUUGACGUCGUGGAUUUCCAGCGCACCCGGACAAAGGACAUCUCUAGUACGAGUGAUGAGAUCUCGCCUAUAUAA